AUGUCUAAGGCUGAAGAAUUUAAAAACGAAGGAAAUACUCUUUUUAAACAACAUAAAUUUAAUGAAGCUAUAGAUUCAUAUACUAGAGCUAUAAAAAUAAAUGAUAAAAAUGCAAUUUAUUAUUCAAAUAGAGCUCAAGUUCAUAUAAAAUUGGAAAAUUAUGGAUUUGCCAUUGCAGAUUGUGAUAAGGCAAUUGAAAUUGAUCCAAAUUUCAUGAAGGCAUAUUAUAGAAAAGGCGUUUCAUUAAUGGCUAUAUUACAACAUAAAAAAGCACAAGCAUGUUUUAAAAUUGUAUUAGGAAAGUUACCCAAUGAUAAAUUAACGUUGGAAAAUUAUAAACAAUGUACAAAUUAUUUAAAAAGACAAGCUUUUGAAAAAGCAAUAGCUGGAGUUGAUCAAAUAAGUAUAUUAAAUUCAUUGGAUUAUGAAGGUAUACAAAUUGAAAAAUAUUGGAGUGGGCCGGAAUUAAUUAUUAAAACUGAAAAGAAAGAAAAUGAGGUGACCGUGGCCAUCGAUGGAUUAGAUGAGUCUUAUUUAAAAUAUAUGAUUAAAUUAUUUAAAGAUGGUGGUAAACUACCUAAAAAACAUGUAUUUGCAAUAAUAUCCAAAGUUAAUGAAUUACUUAAAAAGGAAUCAUCAUUGAAUGAAAUAGCUUUAACUCAUUCAAAAUUAAAACCAAGAGAAAAUACUUUAGUUGGUGGUAAGAAAUUCACUGUUGUAGGUGACACUCAUGGACAAUUCUUUGAUGUGCUUAAUAUAUUUGAAAAGUAUGGACAUGUUUCCCAAGAUCAUGUAUAUUUAUUCAAUGGUGAUUUUGUAGAUAGAGGUUCUUGGUCAUGUGAAGUUGCAUUAUAUUUAUAUGUAUUAAAGAUAUUAUAUCCAAAUUCAAUUUUCAUAAAUAGAGGUAAUCAUGAAACUUCAGAUAUGAAUAAAACAUAUGGAUUUACUGAUGAAGUAGAAUAUAAAUAUUCCAAAAAAGUAUUUGAAGCAUUUGAAGAAUCAUUUGGUAGUUUACCAUUUGCUACUUUAAUCAAUUAUGAAUAUUUAUGUAUGCAUGGAGGAUUAUUUUCAAAUGAUAACGUUACAUUAGAUGAUAUUCGAAAGAUAAAUAGAUUCAAAUCUACACAACCUGCAAAAGAAGGAUUGGCUAUGGAAUUAUUAUGGACAGAUCCACAAGAAACAAAUGGAAGGGGACCUUCUAAAAGAGGACUUGGUUUACAAUUUGGUCCUGAUAUAACUGAAAGAUUCUGUCUUACAAAUAAAUUAAGAAAAAUAAUUAGAUCACAUGAAGUAAGAAUGGGAGGAAUUGAAGAUGAACAAAAAGGUAGAUUAAUUACCGUUUUUAGUGCUCCUGAUUAUUGUGAUUCAACAGGGAAUCUUGGUGGUGUUUUACAAUUUGACGAAAAUGAGAAUUAUAAUGUAGAAAAAGAUGAUGGUGAAGGAUAUAGAAAGAUUGAUGAUGAUAAUUGUCCAUGGAAAUUGAGUAAGCAUACAUUUGAAGCAGUACCACAUCCAGAUUUGAAACCAAUGGCAUAUUCAAAAGGUGGAUUUGGAUUUUAG